AUGACGGCCGACAGCGGGGAUCAACCGCCGCUCCUCGCCGCGUCCCGUUGCCACGGCGAGGUCGCAGAUGACUGGAGUCUUGCCAGUGUGAUGCCCAUCUACAGGAAGGGCUGGAAGGAAGAUCUGGGGCACUACAUGCCUGUCAGUCUGACCUCAGUAGCUGGGAAGAUUAUGGAACUGUAUAUUUUGAGUACACUCACACAGCAGGUGAAGGCCCAGCCAACAUGGGUUCAGGUCCAAGGAAGUGAUUCUGCCCCUGUACUCAGCCCUCGUGAGGCCACACCUUGAGUACUGUGUCCAGUUCUGGGCCCCCAGUUCAGGAAGGAUAUUGAGGUCCUGGAGCAGGUCCAAAGGAGGGCAACCAGGCUGGUGAAGGGACUCGAGCAUAGACCCUACGAGGAGAGGCUGAGAGAACUGGGGUUGUUCAGCCUAAAGAAGAGGCGGCUCAGGGGAGACCUCAUCGCUCUCUACAACUACCUGAAAGGAGGGUGUAGCCAGGUGGAGGUUGGGCUCUUUUACCAAACGACUUUCAACAAGACAAGAGGGCAUGGACUUAAGUUGUGCCAGGGGAAGUUUAGGUUAGAUAUUAGAAAGAAUUUCUUUACGGAAAGAGUGAUCCAUCAUUGGAAUGGGCUGCACACUGAAGUGGUGGAUUCUCCGUCCCUGGAGAUAUUUAAAAAAAGACUGGAUGUGGCACUCAGUGCCAUAGUCUAG